GGGCUCGGCGGCGGCCGGAGCCGGGCAGGAUGCGCUCCACGGUCCCGCUGCUGCUGUGCUGGGCCUGCCUCUUGCUGCCCGUGCUGCUGCCGGCAGCGCCCGGUGCCCACGGCAGCCAGGAGCCGGCGGUGAACGGCAGCCGCCUGCCCGCAGAGCCGGCCGGCGCGCCCGGCAACCACAGCGGGGCCCAGCUCCGGCCCGUGCCCGCGCUGCUCCGCGACCUCUCCGCGCUCAAGGCCGCCGUGAUCGGGGCCUGCGGCCUCACGGCCGCGCUCAUCGCCUGCCUCCUGCUCCGCGUCUUCAGGUCUGGCAAGAGGAUUAAGAAGACCAGGAAGUACGACAUAAUCACCACUCCAGCUGAGCGGGUAGAAAUGGCUCCUCUGAAUGAAGAAGACGAUGAGGAUGAAGACUCAACAGUGUUUGAUGUGAAAUACAGGUAAAGCAGCUCCGUGGAGUGUUGGUGCCCUGCAAGAUGUCAUUCUGCUGUCGAGGGACCUGCUGAAGCCAUAACUGUGAAAGGGGAGGCUUUCAUCUCUGCAGCAUUACAACCAAACCAAGCCUCACCUCCUUGAGAUGCUGUUUUUACAGCAGGCUGUGGAUCUUCUGACCAAAACAGCACCAUUCGGUUUCCUGGUUUCCAAACUGUGUUGGAACAGAGUUCCUUUUUGCAAACUCAACUCCCUUUUGCUUUAGGAGGGCUGCGGUGUCACUAAAGCAUGACAAGGUGCAGCCCUGUGUACUGACUUGCAGCUCACUGUGGUCUAAAGUUUUCCAGAAGAUGAGGAAGAUGGAACCAAGCCGCCCAAAGGACUUGUUUCCUAAAAUCCUAAUGCAGUACUUCAGUCACUGCUAAACUUUGGUCAUUGUUAAUCAGAUCAUGUGUUUGAAAAGAAAUAGAGUGUAUUUUUGUGGUGUUACAGAGGUGAGUUAUGAAUUUAGGUGGUAAAAACAUGCUGAAAUAUCACACUGUGUGUUCAGUGUAGGAUUCUGGGGGAAGGGGGUGAGAGGUUGACUCAUAUAGAUGAUUUUCUUGUCUUGCUACUGAUUUAUUCUUCUCUAAAACAACAAUUGCACUAAGCUUUCAGGAUGCUAUUCUCAUUGUCCCAAGGAGUUCUGAUCAGACCAGCUUCAAUAAGAGAGACCACAGGGAAAUAGGAAGAAUCAGGCAUGCCCUAAACUACAACGAUCUUGGAUUAAAGGAGAUAUAUUUUUGUAAUUUCCUGCCCUUCCACAGGGAGUGAAAGCAAUGUUUUGUACUGUCCUGUGCUGACUGUAACUUGUCUACAAUUCAUCUAUAUUACUUUUUCUAAGCAAAAUAAGCCCUCAUGUGGAAUGAUUACCUUGCAGAAACAACACCUUUUAUUUUUCAUGGAAGAUUCAUGUAAGUGAUCUUAAUCUGUAUCAAACUGGAAGUUUUCCUCUGCCAUUUGCUUGACAAAUCCCAUUUAACUCCAGGAUGCAUUUUUAACCAUCACUCUCCGCUGUGCUUUGUGCUGCAGAGGUCAGAGCUGUGGGAUGACACUAUGAGAAUUAGAUUGCUCCGUCUGGCUGGAUUGAGUUUAGGAGACCACAAGCAUGUAGACUUUCAGGCCAUCAUUAGAAAGGGCAAACUAACUGGUUUAGUUUCUUUACUUUGUGGUUUUCCUUGAAAGUAACCACAGAUGCAAUUCAGACUUUACUGCACUCCUUAACACCUUUCAUUUUGGGUAUUUAAGUUGGCUGGAACCCCGCUUUUCAUGGGGAAUGUAUAUUUUCCAGCUGUUUUAGGAUUGUCCCACUGUUUGCUUGACCAUUCACUGCAGUUACAAUCCCUCAAGGAGACUGCAGAAUUCCUGGCAAAGCACCAGCCUUGCAGUGAGCUGCCAGUUUUGGGUUUCUUCUGGGUUUCUUUUUGUAAGUCUGUUGGGAUUUGGGGCUUGCUGAGAAUACUGAUCUGCUUUGUCAUGAGACCAUGACCUACCCCAGUUCUGUGCAGCUCCCUUGGGCCCUGCAGUCAGUGAAAGGAGGUGAAGGGGAAUUUUUUCCUCCCUAGCAGCCUUAUACUCUUACCAAAGCUCCUGUAACAGAGCUUGCUUUCCCUAGCCAUGACUCAGCAAAGGCUUUGCAAACUGCCUGGAUGGAAAAAAUCCCACAGCAGACUGUUGUGUUCCUAUUAGUCAUCAAGGCAAUAUAAAAAUACUAUGUUAUUUUCAUUCAUGGAAUGAGUUUGAGUCAUUCCAUAUUACUGUUACUAAGCAAUACUUAACAUGUCAUUGUGAGGUGAGGAUGGGGCCGAGCAAGUUGUGUCCUGGCUGAUAGGAAUCACAGGGAUCAGUAGGUUUGAAGGGUGCUGCAGGUUGAGGUAAGAUCUGUGGCUUUUUCCCCACUUAUAAAAGCAGGUUUCAGACAUAGGCUGGAUGAUGCUAAAGGAAAUACUGUGUCUCUUCAGGACAAGUACUUUGAAGACCAGGAAUUGAACUUCUUAGACUGAGUCCUUUGGAAGUAGAGAGGUGGCAGUGCUGAGAGGAGAGACGUUAAAAGCUUCUGUUUGCCUUCCCAGAAGAGGUGAUGGAGUGAGGUGUCUGAGCAGACACCAUGGCAACAUGUUCACGUCCACUCUUCUGCCAGACUCAUUAAGCUGAGUGUCAGGCACUCUGGGUGAGUGGUAGAGAGGGAAUGAAACCUCUUUGCACAAAAGAAAGGCAAGACUAUGUAAGAGAUAGAAGAAAAGGUGCGUAAAGGACACUUGUUUCUGAGAGCAAGUCAGUUCUUGAAAUCGGGAUUUUCAGUCCAACAACUUCAGGUCACUUGCUAAAUUCAGCUAGCAAAGGCCAUCCCCUCCAUUUGUUUGUGGCUAAAAAAAUCCCACCUUUUCCAUAACAUGGCCAAAUCUCAAUGGUGGACAGGGACCAGGUAUUUAAGACGUUGAAGAUGGAGGUGCUAAACUGCUGCCGGGAUGCUCUGGCUCCUCAGGGAGAUCCCAAACUGUGUGCCAUAAGCUAAAAAGUGCUUAUAGGGAAGCAGCAGCUGCUCGGUGGAAAUAAAAGGCCAACCUCACCAGUUGCUCAUGGUCAUGAAAAUAAUCCAAAUGCUUCAUUUGAUACUCAAUGGCUGUUGCAAAUGUGAGGCAAUGUUUACCUCUACAGAAGUUGCUGUAUGUGAUUUAAAAUGUCUGGUUAAAUAUUCUAUAGCUAUAUUUAGUUAAGAUUUUAAGAGCACUUGAUGUGACUCAUCUAAUAGUAUAUAUAUAUAUGAAUAUUUUUUUAAUUGUAGGAAUUUGAACUGUUUGGUUCAGGUAGUUCUAGGAGUUCAUCAGAGAAGAAAUAACCAUUAACCACUACAUGAGUGUUUUACCUUAACGUUCUGUGUAUGUUACGCCACAGGUUUAAUCUAGUUGUGACUGUAAUGUCUCUUAGUAUCUGCUGCUGUUUUGUGUUGCAGUCAAACUUGCUUUGUUCAGGAGCAUUCUUAAAGGCAUAUUAUUUUGUUACAGAAAAAAGAGAAAUGUUAUUACUCAGAUGUCUGCCUGUAGCUUGCUCACUGCUUACAAAACCUACUGACUAGUAUUAAGAGUCAAACAGAGCAGGUAAGUUAGAGGCUUUCCUAUUUGCACAUGCUGCGCCAUGGAGGAGAAACCCUACACAGAACUGCAGCUUCUUUACUCCAACCACAGCCCUGUCACCCAAGAUUACAUUUGAGAAGCCAGAAGUUAAUGUGCCAUGCCUGCCUGCAGAAUUAAGCCAGAAUUACACACCUUAGCUUUGUCUUUGGGGUUUGUUUUUUCUGCCUUUCCCCCCUGGAAGAUGUGGAAAUGACUACAAACACUUGUUUUUAGCACACUAACUUGGGCUACCCUAAUGCUUGUCCUGAGCCCAGACUGACUUGUACAAGUCUAUAAGCACUAAUGAAGCUUGAACACACAAACACUAAUGCAUUUGAACCUUUUGUUUGUAACUGCUCCCUCUAGUUCACUGUACCUGGGUACAAUGUCUGCAGGGUGACAGGCUCUGGUUUUCAUUAAGAGUUUUUUCUUCUGUUAAAUGAGUUUCUGGUGCUGCUGGUUUUGUGGGGGGGUUUAUCAGGACCUUGUGUUUUGUUUUGUGCAAUUGCUUGAACCUUUUUCUAAGGUGUUUUAACAGAAUUUGUCUUUGUGACCAAAGCUUCUUUUUAAAAAAAAAUGGUAGGAUGGGUUUGAAUGAACUUCUCGUGUUUCAGUAGAAACUGCUAUCAUUAAACGUGUUCUU